AUGGCAGAGUCUGAGGUUAGACGAAAGUCGCAGAUUAUCCAACUGGAUAUGAUGAAUAAGACCAAAUACUACCCAUUAGCUCUUGGCAGUGGGCUUCUUGUGCGUUUCAUACAGUACCCUCUGACUUUAGUCAGAACGAGGUUACAGGUGCAGCGUGGGAAGGAUGUAUACAAAGGAACGUUCGACGCGCUGGUAAAAAUCCGUGCUACAGAAGGAAUCCGAGGUCUGUAUCGUGGAUUUGGUGUUCAUGCUAUACAAGCUUGUAAUUCCCUGAUUUACAUCACUGUGUAUGAGAACGUCCGACAGUUUAUGAUGAACCGCGAGGAAUUACACACAUUUAGAUACAAAAGUUACCUGAGUAGCUUUAUAGGAGGAUUUUCUGCUAGCUUAUUUUCUCAGACUGUUGCUGUGCCUAUUGAUAUAGUGUCCCAACACAUGAUGUUACUUGGCCAGAGUAAACACCAAACUGAACCAGUGCCAGUCAAAGUGAAAGUGAAACUAGAGCGUUUACAAGGAAUCCAUAUACCAGAUGAGGGAAGGUAUAGGAAGAUUGAUGUUGUGAAAGCCAUUAUCUCGGAAGUGUACCGGAAAGAGGGCCUCCGUGGCUUCUACCGCGGGUACUUCAUUUCCCUCGGAGUAUAUGGAUUGGGCAGCUCCCUCUGGUGGCCUUUUAAUGAAAUUUAUGCUCAUAUCCUUGUCCCAGUCAGUCCAAGCUGGGUACCACAGAUCUUGCUCGACGGCUUUUCUGCAUUUCUGUCUGGUUUAACCACUGUCACAAUAACAAACUCCAUGGAAUUAGUGCGUGUCAGAAUGCAGGUUGGACGUUCCAGUUUUAAGGAAACACUAAGAAGGACAUGGCAGGAAGAAGGACUAGGAAUCUUUACUAAAGGUCUCACAGCACGUAUGAUCCAUGUGGCUCCCUUUAGUUUUCUUAUCAUGUCAUCAUAUUCCACCAUUAAACACCUCAGUCUCAAGGAUGAGUACAAGGAACAGGUGCAGUGGUGAUGAUAAUUAUACAG